AUGGACGAAUCUUUUCUUCCCAAGAUUGAAACAAGACUUGGCGUUGGCGGCGAAGAUCAGCAAGAGCCUAGCAGAGGCAGAACACCAAGAAGCUCCUUCCCCUCCUCAGCUUACCUUGAUGUUGGUCCAUCCAGGCGUCUCUCAACUGCUCAGCUCCUCACGGGCGGUGAUGUUGUUGUUCCCAUUAUCACAACACCAAACUCUUCUUCUUAUGCCAAUCUCAUUGUCAACUUGAACAAGAACAAGAAGAGGAAGCUCCAACACCGGUCACACUCGGCGCCAUCGGUGCUUACUGACGCCCGGGUGCCAAUUCGAGACUCUGUGGAUCCUAGGCCGUCCCCUAAAUCAACCCCUUUAAUUGUCCGCCAAGCCUUCAUCGGUAUCAUUGUGUAUGUCAUAAUUGGCAUUGUCAUAUUCUGUACAACCGGUUCAAGUUUCAAGGGCCAAGAAACCUACAAGCCUGUGGACGCUCUGUACUUCAUUGUGGUCACGCUCUGCACCAUUGGAUAUGGCGACAUUGUUCCGGACACCACGCUUACCAAGCUCUUCACCUGUUUCUUCAUCUUGGUCGGUUUCGGGUUCAUCGAUAUCCUUCUCAACGGGUUGGUGGCGUACAUCUGUGACAGGCAAGAAGCAGUCUUGUUGAGCACCAUGGAUGAGACUAAGUUCAACAACAUGAUUCAGACGUAUAUGAUCGAUAGAGAGAAAGGAAGAAUGAGAAUAAGAAUCAAGGUGGGGUUGGCAUUGUCAGUUGUUAUUGGUUGUAUAGCUAUAGGGACAAUUACAGUGCAUUUUUUGGAGCACAUGAGCUGGAUUAAUAGCUUCUACCUCUCUGUUACAUCGGUCACAACUGUGGGUUAUGGGGAUUUUGCUUUCAAGACAGUUGGAGGAAGGUGUUUUGCAAUUGUGUGGUUAUUGGUAAGCACAUUGGCUGUUGCCAGGGCUUUUCUGUACUUGACUGAGCUUAGAAUCGACAAGAGGAAUCGCCGAAUCGCGAAAUGGGUUCUUCAGAAGGAAGUUACGAUGAGGGAUUUAUUAGCAGCAGACCUUAAUAAUGAUGGAUGCAUCAGCAAAUCAGAGUUUGUCAUAUACAAGCUUAAGGAGAUGGGAAGGGUUACGGAGAAUGACAUCCUGCAAAUCUGCAAGCAAUUUGAUUCUUUGGAACAUAGCAAUGAUGACAAAAUUACUCUUGUUGACCUAAUGGAAGGUAACAGGUGA